GUUUUGAGUUUUUAUAUGACCGGCUUUUCAAACAAAACUAAGAAUCGCUGAUUGAGCAUAUCGUGCCCUUGCGAAUUUACUGUGUGCAAUCUUAAUUGGAUGUGAAUAAUAGUGCAGAAAAGCCGUAAAUUGUACGAAUUGGAAUUUUUUUAAAACUAAAGUAUGACUUCUCGAUUCGUUAAUUUUGUUGUUGUUUCUUUUAAUUUUGUUUCAAGUUUACUACGCUAGAGGCGGUUCCAGUUAAAAGAAAUUUUCCUUAAAGUAUAUAUUCACUUUCGUCAUUUAUUUGUACAUAAUAAUUACGCAUCAGUACACAUGAUAUACGGCCACCAGGGCCUCUACGACAUUUCUGCUGUAAUUGAUUUUAUAGUGGAACCGGUGAUAAAAUUAUUUGAAUCAUGACUGCUCUCCUAUCGCGUAAUUUUUGUUAUUCAAUAUUCGGCCGAACUGUAAAUACGUUUCGAACGUGCAAAUCGAAAUCAAUUUUUACGAAAGCGCAGCGCGGUUUUUCUCUUCAAUCCUGUGAUUAUUUACAACUGAAUACUACUAUGGCCGACAAGAAACAUUUUGUUCUUCCGAACACGCAACCAAUAGCUGAAUUGGAAUGCAAGCAAGCGUUUGGGAAUCUGACCGAUAAGGAGAAGUUGUAUGCACAUUAUUUGAGCAAGGCGUCGUGGUACGGUGGAUUAAUUACAACGGUUCAAUCAAGUCCCGAGUCACCAUUGAUUUUCUCAUUGUUGCAUCGAAUUUUCCACGCAGAAUCGAUUGAUGAGUUAAAAAUCAAGGUCUUAGCGGCUCAAGUGUCCGAAGAUGAUUUCACGGCCUUUUUGGUAUAUGCUUGCGGUUUCUUCUCAAAUGCCGGUAACUACAAGGGCAUGGGUGAUUCGAAAAUUGUGCCCAAUUUGGACGAGGCCCAAUUUCAGAAAAUCGUGUUCGCCAGCAAAGCCUAUCAAAACGGACAGACAAAGAUUGAAUCGUUAUGGAAACGUUGCCGAAACGGAAUUUUCGUACUAAAUGAUCGCACAAAAAAUCUUGGCUUGUGUCCUGAGGGCGUUACAACGUAUUUCUCGGAUAACUGCACGGUCGAUGAUUCAGAUUUGGUAAACGAGUGGAUGAAACUGAAAAAAUUGGAAGGAUACAUUUGCCGUACGUUCAAAACGAUCGACGGUGGUGUGACCACCUAUGACAUCAAAUUGGCAUCGGUUAAUGAUGGUGAUCGGGCCGGUAUUACCAUUCCUCCGGAACAAUACAAGGGUUGUACGUUUAAGACAACGCGAGGCGAUUACUUUAAGCUGCUAAAAUUGGUCAACGAUAAUUUGAGUGUCGCACAGAAAUAUGUAAGUAACAACAACCAGCGUGAGAUGUUGGUCCAUUACAUCAACAGUUUUACCGAUGGAAGUUUGGAAGAGCACAAAGAAGGUUCACGAUGGUGGAUCAAGGAUAAGGGACCGGUUAUCGAAACAUACAUUGGCUUCAUCGAAACGUACCGUGAUCCAUCUGGCGUCCGCGGUGAAUUCGAAGGUUUUGUAGCAAUGGUAAAUAAGGAAAUGUCAGCUAAAUUUGGUGUGCUGGUCGAAAAUGCUGAACAUUUGAUAACGUUACUGCCAUGGGGAAAGGAUUACGAAAAGAACUACUAUUUGAAGCCGGACUUUACUUCGCUGGAAGUUGUCACAUUUGCUGGAAGUGGCGUUCCUGCCGGCAUUAACAUCCCGAAUUAUGACGAGAUUCGCCAGGACGAGGGAUUCAAGAACGUUUCACUGGGAAAUGUGUUGAGCGUCCGUAAUCAAUCCGAGGUCAUACCGUUCCUAUCCACCGAAGAUCAAGAGCUGCUGAAGAAAUACAAAUGUGCUUCGUUCGAGGUGCAAGUCGGUCUGCACGAACUUCUUGGCCAUGGAAGUGGAAAGCUGUUCCGCAAGGAAGAAAAUGGAACGUUCAAUUUCGAUCAGUCCAGCGUCAUCAAUCCAUUAACCGGUAAACCUGUCGAACAUUGGUACGAAGCUGGCGACAAUUACGACUCAAAAUUCGGUCGCAUCGGUUCAUCGUACGAAGAAUGUCGAGCGGAAGUCGUCGGUCUCUAUUUAAGUCUGAAUCGAGAUAUCCUGCGCAUCUUCGGACACAAUGACGAAGCGGAAAUGGACAAUAUCAUUUAUGUAAAUUGGUUGCAGUUGAUUUGGGCGGGCAUGGGCGCAGCUAUGGAAUUGUACAAUCCAACAACAAAGGCCUGGUUACAGGCACAUAUGCAAGCCCGUUUUGUUAUCAUGAAAGUGUUACUGGAAGCUGGUCAAGGUCUCGUAACGGUCGAAGAAACGGAACCUGGCAAAAAUUUGCGCCUUACAUUCGAUCGCACAAAAAUCGAAACUGUGGGAAAAGAAGCCUUAAAACAAUUUCUGUUGAAACUGCAAGUGUACAAGUCGACUGGAGACAUAAAGGCAGCAACCGAAAUGUAUAAUCAUUACUCGGAAGUGAGUGAAGGCGGAACACACCCAUGGGCCAAAUGGCGUGAUAUUGUUUUGAUGCAUAAGAGACCGCGCGUCAUUCUACUUCAAUCCAAUACGGUGGUCGAAGGUGAAUCAGUCGCAUUGCAAACUUAUGAGCCAAACUUUAAUGGCUACAUUAAGUCUUGGGUCGAUCGUUUUCCCGAUGUGGCUGUAAAUGAUCUUCUAGAGGAAAUAUGGGAGCACGAUAAAGUCUACUAUCCCGACUUGAUUGGUCAAAAGUGAAUAAACAAAAUAUCAAAGCGUCCACAGUGGGUUUGACAUUUUUUUUACGCAGUCGUGUAACCCAGUUUAAUUCAAUUCGUUUCGAGUAUUGUAUUUUCCUUUUGCUAUAUUUUUGAUUGACUUUGUUAUCAGAUAAUUCUAUUAUCUUCCAAUGAAAUAAUAAAAACAUUUAUACGGCAUCUAGAA